ACUCUUUUUGGAAAUAUUCCUGGGUAUAUCCCUCGAGCCUUGGUUCAUAUCGCGAGAGGGCAAGGCGGUGAGGGCGCCGUGCCCAAAAUCGUGUGCUAGCUUGGCGCGCGAUUUCUUCCGCUCGAUGGAUCCCUAUAAGUAUCGCCCUUCCAGCGCCUAUAAUUCGGCCCAUUUCACCACGAACACUGGCGCUCCUGUGUGGAACAACAAUGCGUCGCUCACCGUGGGCUCUCGAGGUCCUAUCCUUCUCGAGGAUUAUCAUCUGGUCGAGAAGCUGGCCCAGUUUGAUCGUGAAAGAAUUCCCGAGCGUGUCGUGCAUGCACGAGGAGCGAGUGCCAAGGGAUUUUUCGAGGUGACCCACGACGUAUCCCACCUCACUUGUGCCGAUUUCCUGAGAGCUCCCGGAGUGCAAACUCCCGUUAUCGUGCGGUUUUCUACUGUCAUUCACGAGCGUGGCAGCCCAGAAACUCUUCGAGAUCCUCGAGGCUUUGCGGUCAAGUUCUACACUCGAGAGGGAAACUUUGAUAUGGUUGGAAACAAUUUUCCCGUGUUCUUCGUCCGAGAUGGAAUGAAGUUCCCUGACAUGGUCCAUGCGCUGAAGCCCAACCCAAGGACUCAUAUCCAGGAGAAUUGGAGGAUCAUGGACUUCUUCUCGCACCAUCCCGAGAGUCUUCACAUGUUCACGUUCCUGCUCGACGAUAUUGGCAUCCCGCUCAACUAUCGUCAUAUGGAGGGCUUUGGCGUCCACACUUUCACUCUCGUGAACCGGGCUGGCAAGUGCUCCUACGUGAAGUUCCACUGGAAGCCAACUUGUGGUGUCAAGAGCUUGCUGGAAGAACAGGCAGUCAUCGUUGGUGGAUCGAACCACAGCCAUGCAACGCAGGAUCUGCAAGACUCUAUUGCAGCAGGGAACUAUCCCGAGUGGAAGCUGUUUAUCCAGACCAUGGAAAUCAAGAACGAGAACAACUACGACUUCGAUCCUUUGGAUGUUACCAAGACGUGGCCCGAGGAUCUCUUCCCGCUGCAGCCCGUGGGUCGGCUAGUUUUAAACAAGAACAUCGACAACUUCUUUGCGGAGAACGAGCAGCUGGCUUUCUGCCCCGCUUUGGUGGUGCCUGGAGUUUAUUACACGGACGACAAGCUGCUUCAGACCCGAAUUUUCUCGUACGCUGACACUCAGAGGCACAGGCUGGGGCCGAAUUACUUGCUGCUUCCUGCGAACGCUCCCAAGUGUGCUCAUCACAACAACCAUCACGAGGGAUUCAUGAACUUCACCCACAGGGACGAAGAGGUGAACUAUUUCCCUUCGCGCUUUGAUCCUUGCCGUCACGCUGAGCGAGUGCCUAUUCCUUCUCACCCUCUCGGUGGUCGACGAGAAAAGGUGAUGAUUGAAAAGGAAAAUAACUUUGCUCAGCCAGGAGCAAGGUUCCGCUCCUGGCCUGCUGAGAGGCAAGAGCGUUUCAUUGCGAGAGUUGUGGAUGCUCUGUCCGACCCGCGCGUCACCCACGAAAUCCGUAGCAUCUGGCUCUCUUACUGGUCUCAGGCGGAUCGUAUGCUUGGUCAGAAGAUUGCAACGAAACUCAACGUGAAAGCCAACAUGUAGACGGAUAAAACUAUAUCUGUGUCCAUCGUGGUGAUCGUGGUGAAAUAAAGAGGUACUAGUUUCAAUUAUUAAACAAUCCAAAUCUGCAUUAUUA